AUGGCUUACGAAGCUCAAGCUGCUGUUAUUCCAGAUUGCAGACCCGAGUUGAAACCGUACAUUGGUCAGGUGUUUGAAACAUUAGACUAUGGAAUUUCCUUUUAUGAAGCAUAUGCCAACGAUUGCCGGUUCGAUACUCGAAGAUUUGGACACAAAUACGCAAAUGGUGUCAAAACGUGGCAGACCAUUGUGUGCAGCAGGCAAGGUGAAAAGUUGGAUGUCGACGAAGAGGGGAGUUAUACCAAACAUAGACGCCGUUCUAGCAGAUGUCAAUGCAAUGCGAAACUUACGUUGAAGUAUAUAACCGAUUCCGGCAGUCCUCGAUAUGUUGUCAGCAACUUUGUAGACCAACACAAUCAUGUUAUGGUCGAUACAAAGCACGUCCGAUACAUGAAAUCCAACCGUAACCUUGGGGAUAUCCAUUACAAAUUCCUGCAGGACUGCACAAAGGCCAACAUUGGACCUACACAGACUUUCAAUUUAUUGAAGGAGUUCCUGGGUGGCUAUGAUGCUGUGGGUUGCACCGUUACUGAUUUACGGAACAGCAAGCGCGACAUAUUGCAAGAAAUGAAAGGCGCUGAUGUCCAGAUGAUUUUAAAUCAAAUGGAGGAGAAGAAGAACACUAGUGACGGUUUCCAUUACAAAUUCCAGCAAGGUAGUGAUGGAAAGCUACUUAGUCUUUUUUGGUGUGACGCUGUGUCGCGAAAGAACUACAAGAUGUUCGGUGACAUUGUAUCAUUUGAUACUACGUACUCAACAAACAGGUAUUGCAUGGUGUUUGGGCCAUUCACUGGAAAAGACAACCACGGAUGCCCUGUUACAGUAAAUCCAAGCAAUGACGAUGAAAUUGUUGCAUUAUUCGAUGGAAUGGAAGAACUUAGUCAAAAACUCUUUGGGGAUACAGUACCUUCAGUGUCUUCGAUGGAUAAAGCACAGAGGAUUGAGAAUCUGUACGGGGCAUCUCGACCGAGUGUUGUUAACGUGCACCCUCCCAAUGUAGUGAGUACAAAGGGAUCUGGCAGCAGUUCUGGAAAGAGAAUUGCAUCAGCAACUGAGAAGGCUAUCAUACUACAGAAUAAACCUAAGAGGCGAUGUGCAAAGUGUCGAGAAAUGGGCCAUCACGAUGCAAGGAAUUGUGGUAGGGAGAAAGGAAAAGCCAAAAUGUAG